UUUGUAUUGGAUCUUAAUUCAUGAUCGCCAUUACCAACUCUCCAAGUCGGGCAUUGCCAUUCUUAGCUAGGCUAUUUUCCAAGCUCAUCUCUCAAAAGCUCCAAGUAGCUCCCAGGCACUACUCCUCUCAAAGCAUCAGGAAUCACGGAGAUGAAGAAUUGGAUGCUAAUGUUAAACCAAAGGCUUCUACAAAAACCAUUAAGGCUAAAUCCAUGGCCAGACUCAUCAACUCCAAACCCUGGUCUGCUGAGCUUGAGUCUUCGCUCUCAUCUAUCUCUCCCUCAUUCUCUAAAACUACUGUCCUCCAAGUUCUUCGUUUAAUCAGGACCCCAUCAAAAGCCCUUCAAUUCUUCAAUUGGGUUUCACAAAUGGGGUUCACUCACAACGACCAAUCUUAUUUCUUGAUGUUAGAAAUCUUGGGUCGUGCUCGGAAUCUCAAUGUAGCGCGUAAUUUCCUCUUCUCCAUCAAGAGAAAGUCCAAUGGGAUGGUUAAGCUAGAGGAUAGAUUUUUUAAUAGCUUAAUUAGGAGUUAUGGUAGAGCUGGGUUGUUUCAAGAGUCUGUAAAGCUUUUUGCUUCGAUGAAAUCUGUUGGAGUUUCUCCAUCUGUGGUCACGUUUAAUAGUCUUUUGCUAAUCUUGCUAAAACGUGGACGGACCAAUAUGGCCCAGAGUGUGUUUGAUGAAAUGCUCAGCACAUAUGGUGUUACGCCUGACACUUACACUUUCAACAUUCUGAUUAGAGGUUUCUGUAAGAAUUCAAUGGUCGAUGAGGGGUUUAGGUAUUUCAAGGAAAUGUCUCGUUUUAAGUGUGAUCCUGAUAUUGUAACUUAUAAUACGCUUGUUGAUGGGUUGUGUAGAGCAGGGAAGGUUAAGAUUGCGCAUAAUGUCGUUAAGGGGAUGGUUAAGAAAAGUGCAGAUUUGAACCCUGAUGUUGUUACUUACACCACUUUGGUUAGAGGGUAUUGUAUGAAGCAAGAUAUUGAUGAGGCUUUGGUUGUUUUUCAAGAGAUGGCGAAUAAAGGAUUAAAGCCAAAUGAAGUUACUUAUAACACUCUUAUUAAGGGUCUUUGUGAAGCGCAGAGGAUUGAUAAGAUCAAAGAUAUUUUGGAGGGAGCCUUAGGUGUUGGAGGAUUUACUCCUGAUACCUGUACUUUUAAUACAUUGAUGAAUGCACAUUGCAAUGCAGGGAAUUUGAAUGAAGCCCUGAAGACGUUUGAGAAGAUGAUGGAGUGGAAGGUCCAACCAGAUUCUGCUACAUAUAGUGUUCUGAUUAGAAAUUUGUGUCAAAGAGGGGACUUUGAGAGAGCAGAGCAGUUGUUUGAUGAGCUAUUGGACAAGGAUAUUUUAUUAAGAGAUGAUGGGUGUACACCUUUGGUUGCAGCAUACAAAUCCAUGUUUGAGUUUUUGUGUAAAAAUGGGAAGACUAACAAGGCAGAAAGAGUUUUCAGGCAGCUAAUGAAAAGGGGAACACAAGAUCCUCCUUCUUACAAGACACUGAUAAUGGGCCACUGUAGUGAAGGUACAUUUGAAGCUGGUUAUGAGCUCUUGGUCUUGAUGUUAAGAAGAGAAUUUGUGCCUGAUUUUGAGACCUAUCAGUCAUUGAUUGAUGGUCUCUUGCAGAAAGCUGAACCUCUUCUUGCCUACCAGACUCUAGAGAAGAUGAUAAAGAGCUCCCAUGUCCCUAAAACUUCUACUUUCCAUUCUAUGUUAGCAGGACUUCUGGAAAAGGGAUGUGCGCAUGAAUCAGCUAGAUUGAUAUUAUUGAUGUUAGAGGGAAAAAUUAGACAAAAUGUGAAACUAUCAACACAUACUAUGAGAUUACUCUUUAGUAGUGGACUGCGAGAUAAAGCAUUUCAGAUUGUUGGGUUACUUUAUGAUAAUGGGUAUGUUGUUGGCAUGGAAGAAUUGAUUGUUUUCCUUUCCCAAAAUAGAAAGUUACUAGAGGCGCACAAAAUGGUGCUGUUUUGUUUGGAGAAACAUCAGAAUGUUGAUAGUGGUAUAUGUGAUGCAGUAAUUGAAGGUCUAUGCAAAAUGAAAAAACUUUCGGAAGCAUUUAAGUUGUACUAUGAAUUGGUGGAGAAAGGCAAUCAUCAACAGCUUAGCUGCCUAGAAGAUCUGAGAGUUGCCUUAGAAGCUGGGGGAAGAUCAGAAGAAGUAAAGUUUCUAUCUAAGAGGAUGCCAUAUAAGUGGCAUUCAGACAAACCUUCAGAAACUAACUCCAAGGUGCAAAGACCUUAG